AUGGAAGACCGGGAGGCGAAUCAAAACGGAUUCGAGGCGCCAUUUGAGCCGAAGCAGCCUUUUCCGCCGUUGCUUGACGAAUUGGAAUCGCCAGAGGAGGUGCAAGAGAGCUACGCGGAGGACGAGAGCGUUACCUCUCCAGGCUAUGAGGAGAUCGAAGUCGAAGACGAUGCGGACUUCCAGUCGCACUAUUCCCUAGAGCCACAAUCAUUCUCUGACUCAGAGUCGGAAGACUCGGCGGAUGAUAUUGGAAGAAAUCACCCUUUUCGACAGUCAUCUGGCUCCCUCCAUGGACCCAAUGCCUUUGCGCCUCCUUUUUACAAUCGGCCACCUACCCCUCUACCACCAUCGCCUUCGCUAACAUCGCUUCUACGACCACCAUUUUCCACGACUACCUCUCGUCCCACCACCCCAGACAGCUCCGAUGUUGAAACCCCUAAUGACACGGAGGCUGCCGUGGCCAAGUCCGCCCGACGUGCGACCACUGUCCCGCGCGCCAGCCCCAAGGUUCCAACCUAUGAGUACUACGGGUUUGUGUUGUACUUGGCUUCUUCACUUGCAUUCUUGAUUUACCUGCUAUGGUCCUAUCUUCCAUCCCCGUUUCUCCAUCAACUUGGUAUCUACUACUACCCUAACCGCUGGUGGUCCUUGGCCAUUCCAUCAUGGCUGGUCAUGUCCAUUGUCUAUAUCUAUGUUGCUCUCGCUUCAUAUAACACCGGGUACCUAACCCUGCCCAUGAACAGCAUCGAGAACAUUGUCGAUGAGGUUGCCAACGUAGCAGUCAUCGAUGGGAAGGCAAGGCGACGACCUGGAGGCUCCACCAAAAUGAAGCCUGGGGCGACUUCAUACCAGCUGAUGGGUCCACAAAAUCGGAAGGUGAACUGGCGGGAGAUCUGGAGUGAGGGGACCGACGCGGUAAUGGAUAUACCGGUUGGGGGUGUAUGUGAGGUACUAUAUGGUCAAGAACGAGAUGAGGACGCAUGGAUAGCGGGUUCUCAAACUGCGGACUCGUAA